CUUAUUUAUGAUACAAGGUCACACUCUUUUUUUUUUUAAAAAAAAGAUUUUUUUUUUUUUUUUUUUGUCAUUCUACGUGUUCCUUUUCUCCUUUCAAUAUAUACAAUCAUGAGCAAGUACAAUCAGAAUCAAAACGCACAAAGAUUUACAAGCUACGCCACAUCUGGGGCAAAUGCUUCAAGCAACCUUCCUGAAACCUUGCGUUGUGUCUUUUGUAAGACAGAUAAACCUAUCGAUGCUUUCUCUGCGACACAGAUCCAAAAAGCCACUCAUAACCCCUAUGCACCUCCAUCAUACAACAACAAGGCAAAGACAAUUUGUUGUAAGAAAUGCUCACCCACACAACAAACACAUCUUACGUGCAUGAUUUGUAGCAAAACUCAACCCUUGGACAAGUUUGCCAAGUCGCAACGCCGUAACGCCGAGAAGGCACGUUGUAUUAAAUGUAUCAAGAAGCGCGAGGAAGAGGACGUGUGGGCUUCAGAUCCAGAUAGUGAUAGCGAGGAUGAGUAUGGACAGUUUAUGUAGCAAUAUACACAUCUACAUACAACAUACACAUCACCCAGCGGACAUACAGUGUAUAAAUAUAUAUAUACACAUUAAAUAAAGACACU